GGCAGAUGUGGGUGUGAGGCCCGAAGGCCAAGAGGCCAUAGGAAGCAGAAGCUGAAGAGACAAGGGACACAAGAAGCCGAGCUGCUUCAGCCUCAAAAGGAUGAGUAAGAGAUACUUACAGAAAGCAACAAAAGGAAAACUGCUAAUAUUUAUUGUAACCUUGUGGGGGAAAGUUGUAUCCAGUGCAAACCACCAUAAAGCUCACCAUGUUAAAACGGGAACUUGUGAGGUGGUGGCACUUCACAGAUGCUGUAGUAAGAUAGAACGGUCACAAACCGUCAAGUGCUCCUGCUUCCCUGGGCAGGUAGCAGGCACCACGAGAGCUGCUCCAUCUUGUGUGGAUGUGUCAAUAGUGGAACAGAAAUGGUGGUGCCAUAUGCAACCAUAUCUUGAGGGAGAGGAAUGUAAAGUUCUUCCUGAUCAGAAAGGAUGGACCUGUUCCUCUGGGAAUAAAGUGAAAACAACUACGGCAAACGUGUAAAACUCUUCAAGUGCAAAUGGAGAAGUAAAAAGAGAACGUUUCUGCUGUGCCAGAAGACAAAUUUUGAUUUUUCCACAUUCAAAAAAUGCUGGCUCCACGUUGGAGCACUAGUUGUGGCGAAUCCUAGUGUUGGCUGGAUUCUAAGGAAGGGACAGAAGUUUCAUUGAGGAGUAAAGAUUCAAAACAACUCCAGACAUGGGCUCCCGUCUCGAUUUAUUUCUCACAGAGCAGCAGGUAACCCAUUAACCAAGGAUAAAUCAAGUGAUCCUCAAGGCUGAUUACAUUGAACAUACACAUAGAAAUUUAACUCCUGAGGUGAUCUUGAAGGGAGAUUUUUAUACUGUUCAGAACAGGCACUCCAGAGUCUGUUAUUUCCAAGGGAUUUCAUGGCUUGUAAUUAGCCUGUUCUUGAAAUCAAGACUUAAAAAGUCAGACAUGAACUUCUCUGUCAUGAAGCUCUCAUCAGAUUUGAACUGUUUUCAACUUGUAAAAGUGUACUUGCUGAAAGACUUUGAAGUUGCCAUCGGAAGAGUUAGUGAAGAGUGGUGUUUCCAGGGUGGUAUCAGAGACAGUCACCUUUUGGGCUCUUGGCUCCAGAUGUGACUCCUUUUCUUUUUUCUGAAAGCAGUUUCCCAAAUGCACUGGCCUUCUGGCAUGGAUGUGUUCCUGGGUCCUCCGUUCACUGGGUAAUGGGACUGCACACAGCUUUAAUGACAUUUC